UUUCCUGCGGCGGCGGCGGCGGUGUUUAUUCAUGGCAGCCUCAGAACAGCAGCAGACCUGGAAACUGCACGGCCCUGUUUCAGAUCCGGACGCCUUCGCUUCCUCUCCGACCGAAAACCCGCUGGACUGGACGUGCGAGGAGCUCAAGGGCCGCGCCACUGCUCUCUUCUUCCCGCUGAGCGACGGAGAGAUCCUCGUCCGAGAAGGUCUCAAGCAAGGUUCAUAACCAGCUGCUGCAGAUUGCAGAUGAACGUGCUCAGUCAGCAGAGCAGAAAGCCCUACAGCUUGAACGCCAACUACUCAGUCUUCGCGACAAAUAUGGUCAUCCUGAAACAUCUCAUCCUUCUACGUUUACUCGUCCGUCAACCUACACCUCCACACUUGGAGGAUACCCUUCUUUCUCCUCCACCCUCCUCCCUCCCUACACAUCAUCUUCACCAUACUCCCUGUCCACCUCACUCUCCACCCAUCUCCCUCCCUCCAUCUCCCUCGGGUUUUCGUAGCCUAAGUUUCUCCACACUAUGUAAAGCAGACUGUUCAAAAGCUUAGGUAGCUAAAGUGUAUCUUGGACGGGAAAACUUUCCUUCUACCUUACAUUCAGGAAAGUUUUGCUCUUUCAGGUCUUCUCAAACCAAGUACAGUUCUUGGUAAAGGAGCUGGGAGUGGUAAACAUGAUGUCAUGUGGGAUCCAGUGGUGACAUCAUCAUCAUCAUCCUCUGAACUAGGACAAGACACUAUUGGAACUACUCUACCAUCAGUUGAACUUCCUACACCUGAAUUCUCUCUACCGCCUCAUGAUAGCAGUAGCAAAGGAGACAAGGAGUCAUCAAGCAGUGAUUGGUCCAGCAGUGACGAAGAUGAUGAUGAAGGAGAUGAAGCUCCUCUGCGUCCCUCCACCCACUCUGCACUCCAGGCUCAGUGGGAGUGGAGAACCAUGGCUGACUCCCUUCCUGACAAGUGAAACUCCGUGACUUCUUAUCCUUCCUCUUUGUUCUAUGAGCUUUGACAUGCCGAAAUUCUGCAUGAUGUUUUAGUGGAUUCAUGAAGAAUUGAUCCAUGAUCCAUGAAUUAAAAGUGUAGUCAUGUUAUAUGGGAGUGCCUAAUAGAAGUGACUUUACAUGUACAUAUGUUGCAAGAGCAUCUUGGAGAUUGAUUUAAGCAUUUUGAAGGUUUUUAGUACAUCAAAAAUUUGCAUUAUCUUGUCCUAGUAGUUCUCCAAUGGCAACAGGCCACACCCCCAAGAAGAAGCCACCACCAAUAGCUCCCAAGCCGAGAGUAUCGUGGACUCACUCGUUACCCACUACUGACCUCAACUACCAACUGAUAGAAGACCCUUCUUCCUUCUCUCAGGUAACUCACUCAAUUAUAAUUAUACCAGGUUAUUUUCUUCUCCGAUUUUGACUGAUGCUUGUAUCAUUCAAACAACACCCAAAGAGCCACUUAAAUUUGAGUAUAUAGCCAAC